UUCUUAUUGGACUUUUUUGCCUUAACUUUGUACAGGAGCCAUGUCACUAGCAGGGGCCCAGUCCAACCUGUGGGCUGUAGAAGGAGGAAACAAACUGAUCUGCUCCAACUUGCUGAAGUUGGCAAGAACCAACCUUGUCGAGGCUAGGGUGACAUCUGUAUCUCUGCAUGGAUCAGAAAAUAAAGCCUUGUACCAAGUGAAAUAUGAACAGGACAAAGAGCAAGGAUUAUCCUUUUAUGAUAUUGUGGUUAUUGCUGCACCUUUGCAUCAAGGGAUGACUAAUGUCAGCUUUGAAAAUUUUGAGCCUCCAAUUAAAGACUUCCCAGGCCAGUAUCACCAUACUAUAACGUCCAUCAUCCAUGGCUAUUUGAACUCCUCAUAUUUUGGUUUUGAUGACCCCAAGCUGUUCCCCUUUGCUAGUAUUCUCACCACAGACUUACCCAAUCUCUUCUUCAACAGCAUUGAGAAUAUCUGUCCUGUGAAUAUCUCAGAUGGCUUCCGAAGAAAGCAACCUCAGGAAGCUGCCAUUUGGAAGGUCUUCUCCCAGGAACCCCUUAUCAAGCAUGAGCUGAAGACACUGUUCCGUUCAUACUAUUCGGUGCAGGUUACUGACUGGGCUGCAUAUCCUCACUAUGACGCAUCUGUGACAGUUCCAUCUAUUGUACUCCAUGACAACCUGUACUAUGUGAAUGGCAUUGAAUGGGCAGCCAGUUCUAUGGAAAUGGCUGCUGUGGCUGCUAAAAAUGUGGCCCUGCUGUCUUACAACAGAUGGUUUCAGUACCUGGACAUGAUUGAUCAGAAAGAUUUGAUGCACAAAGUGAAAACUGAGCUUUAAAUAUUACUAAGCACAGGGGUGGGUUGUGAUGCACAAUGGAUGAAUUUUACCUACAUCAUCAUAAUUUUUUAAAUGUGUACAAGUUCUUGAUGCCAUGUCAUAAAUAACUGAAUCAUCCUGAACAACAUCUCAUCAUUAGCAGCACAAGGAGCAUUACCACACAAACAAUCCACUUGUUUGAGACUUAAUUCAUUUUUUCUGGUGUUUCAGUAACUGUGAUGCUACUGCAAGAAGGGAUUGCUGUCACUAGCAUUGUCUGAAGGUGAAGCCACCAGAUUCCAUACCUGUAUUUCUUUGUGUAACUUCUGAUUUCCAUUGCUGUCUCAACUUGUCCUAAAGUUGUCUUCAACUUCAAAACCUUGAAAGUAUUAUCUGUGUGUGAAAACCCAGUCACUUCUUUAGCCACAAAAGAAUUCACCUUUUGAAUGUAUAACAUAACUUCCGAAAAUAACAGCAACGCUUUGCCCCCCAUUUGAAGAUCUCACUGCAAUUUAAAGACUGUUGACAGAUUUUGCUAUUUGCAGGUCACUAAGUGGUUUCCUGAAUUGUCUUUUAAAAUCUUUAAUUUCAGUUUCAAAGAGAAGCAUGUAUUAAUGUCAGUGUUAUUGCAUGGGCUUUGCAGUAUCUCUGAAGUGGCUGCCUCUGCUCUCUGCCAAGCAGUUGUUUCAGUAGCUGGGUAUAAUCUGUGUGUUAAACAAAUAGUGGACACACUGUCCUUGAGAUUGUGUUAUAUUGCAAGUCUGUUUAACUUAUGGUUGCAUGCAGCUGCCAUGACUCGGCUGCUGUGAUGUUUAUGGCACAUAAUAUUCAUAUUUUUCUAGAUAGCACGUGACACUGCUGCAUUUGAACAGACUUGCUACCUUAAAUGGCACAGAGUAGCAUUAUAUAAACUACCUUUCACCUAAGUGCUACUUUCUGACCUGCUUUUUGUCGAAGUAAUUUGUUUUCUUUGUACAUCUGCAAAACUGCAGUCAGCUGUCAGGUUAUUCUUUAUUUUACUAAGAGCUGAUGUCAGCAUAAAUAGAUGUGGAAGCAUAUGUGCUGCUUUUUAUUUCAUUAUAUUGGUGAUUUUGUAUUAUGUAAGUACACAUUUUGAAAUGGAGGAGAUUUCUAUACUUUUUUUCUUACUGAUCCAAAGGAAACUUCCUCACCAUUUUAAAUAGUUAACUUCUACUCUUCUGAGUCAGUAUUAUCAGCUUUAUGACCUUCGGCUUGCUUGAGUGGCACUUGCAGAUUAUUCAAGCCUAGGUGGCACACUGUUUGAGGACCUAUUUCCGUAGUUUGGCAGUUCUUCAUAUUUACUGGUUCCUUAGUCUGAAGCUCUCCCUCUGCAACUCCUGUGAAGUUAUUUAGGACUGGGAUAUUAAGGUGUGACAUUAAUAUCCAAGGACAACAAAGGAGGGCUCUGUUUAUGAACUUUACAAACUGAAGCAGAUAUGUUUAAUUGUUAUACUUGUUAGUGGACUUGUCUUUAUCUCAUUUCAAUUUAUCAGGUACAGUUAAUCGUAAUUUACUGAAGUACAGUGGCUUGAAUGUAUAAUGUAUGACUUUAGCAUUCAUAUAGUGGAAUAGAAUACUUAGGAUUUUUUAUGUAGCAGGGGUUUGUUAACCCAUGAGAAGAGAAAAUAGUAAUAAAAUAUUCUCUCCCCCUCACCUUGUGUGACCUUAACAUUUGUAAGUAAACAGGGAGUUCUGGGAGAUGCAGGAGUGAUUGCAGUCUUUCAGAAAUAAAUACAUAAAUAAAUAAAAUAAAAAAAUCAUGAUUUGGGGUUGCUUUGUUUUUGUUUUAUAAUGAGUGAUGUUUAAAAUGCAGGUAAAUCUAUCUUGAUUGUUAAAGUGAUUCUUGAUAUAAUGAGCUACAUUUUACUUUAAUAUUAUUUUAAUAUACACUCUCUUUUUUUCCUCGGGUUAUAAAAUGAAGCUCACUACAUUUAGUAUUGUUGUUUUGGUCUUGUAGUGUAUAGUGCUAUUGCUAGAUUGUUGUAUUCCUGUUUGUACCCGCUGUGUUUUUAAACUCAGUAGAAGUUUGGCACUGUUUUUUUUUAUAUAGUCAAUGAAUUUUGUAGUCAUUGUCCAUGUUUGAUGAUAAAAUACUUUCCCUUAAGCAUGACUAACUCACUGCUGACCUAUACGAUGGUGAGAUUUAAAUGUUAACUGUGUUUUGUACCACCAUGUUUUUUAUGUGUCAAAAUACUGUUUUCCUUUAUUGCACAUGGUUAUGAGUAAGAGACUGCACUUUUUGUUAGUAGCGAUGAUUGGCUAAUGGAAUACUUCAUCUCAGAUGUCCCUUUCUGCCAUGUUGCUGAAAGCUAUUCCUUUUACCUACUCUUGCAUUUGACUAAACUGCUAACUCUGUCUAUUGCUUACCUGCUUUUGGGUUAUUUGUAGAGCAGGUCACCACUGAUGGUGUGGAGAACAUGUCAUUUUAGUGAAUGUGAACUACAGAGACAUUCCAGAGUCAGAUUAUUAACUGCAAGGCAAGCCAUGGCCCAGCAGUAAUGAAUUUUAACGCCAUCAUGCUGAUGACUUGUACCUGGACAUUGUAGUGGACUAAUACUUGGUCAGACAGAUGUUACGUGACCUUGUUUCUGCUUCACAGUGAAUAUAGUUUCCAUUUUCACAUUGACCUCCCUGGCUGGAUUGGGCUGUUUCUGUGUUGAAUGAAUUGCAUUUUGUGAGGUUGUGCCUACCCCCCGAUUUACUACUCAAGGAGGCUGGAGUAAAGGAAAUGAAUCAUUGUUCCAACUGGUGACAUAACACUAGGACAUGCAUUUCCAGCUGUCUUCCUAAAGGUAGCAACAUGGGGAAGGACAUAAAACUGAUAGGUAAACUGAAAAAGACAGGAAUAGCUGUGAAAUAACCUGUUACACAGCACUACUGAUGUCUAAUCUGUUGUUCGUUGCACAGCUUAGCUGAAUAAUUAUGUUCUUUAUUUCUUGGGAUAUUGAUGAGAAUAGCUAUUUUUUUAGAAGUUUUAAAAAAGUGAUAAAUCAUUCUCAAAGUGUAAUGUCUUAGAAAAAAAAACAUUCUAAGAUUUCUGCAAGCUACUCGUGUGAUAAUGCUUAGUAGAUAAGAUUGCUUCUUUGGAAAGUGAGGCAUCUGUCAAAGGGAAAUAUUGAGGUCUGUUACUAAAUGGUAUUGCUGUAAAAUGGUGAAAUGAUAACAGCCCCUAAAAUUAACAGAUUUGACAAACAUAAGUGAAAUGGAACUUGAAGGGUUAGAGAUCUACCUCCAGAUUGUCAGAAUAUCAGUAACACAUUAAAGAGUGCAGAUUUUAUUACCAGUUAUAGUAGUAACAAUGCAUUAUGAACUAGUGUUUAAUAUUUUAGUAACAGUAUACUAUGCACUGAAAUUUUUAAAAGCACACAAGUGAGAAUAGUGUUUUGCUGCAGAGUAAUUCUUCAAGUAAAGGUGUUUGAACAUGUUAUUUUGUGGCAUGCCUGGUGUAGGGAUGUUAUUAGCAUGUUCAUUCUUUCCAAAUUUAACUCAAGAAAAAGAUUUUAACAACAUGAGCAGGAUGACAUUUAAUACUACUUAACACCCAUUAUAAAACAGUUUUAUGAAUAUCAUCUUUUAAGGUUUGCAUAUAUAUUAAAAUUAUCAUCUUGUCCAAUGGUGCACAUAUGCCAUCUAGUAUCUAUGUUUUAAAAAAAGUUACAGUAUCCAAAAGUGUAUUUAUUUCUUAAUUCAAAGUAUACUAUUUGACUAAAAUCACAUACCCGCAAUGUCAAGGUCUAAAAUGUUUUUCACAUUUCCUUAUCAGUUCUACAACUCAUAUAAGCUGUAAACAGUGAGCAUUGCAUACAGAACAGAAUAAACAUUGUUAAUGAUCCAAUAUUAUUAACUUUAUGUUAUAAUGGGUAAAGUUCCCAACCAUAAAAUAUCUCCUUAUAGUGUAAAGCAUGUUGUGGUAACUGUCUGUUCAAUAAAAUAUGCCUCAGAUUUGUGAAACUGUACAAAAAGAACUAGAAUGGUAUGCCUAAACUGCCUUUGACUGCAGUUAUUAAUUUGAUUUUUGGUAGGGCUCAUAGAUUGCUUGUUACAGCUGCCCAUUUUGUUCUUCUGUACAUAAACAGCACUUGAGUGUUCCCAGUUUGUGAGUGACCAUUACAGCUGGGAACAAUUGCUUUCUCCUGUGGUACUUGGAGACCUGGGAAACAUUGUACAAAUAAGCAAGAGUUUAUUAGUAAGAGCAAAAGUGUAUAACCCUAGCCAAAAACCUUGGAAAUUCAGAUUUUCGAACACGUAAUGAUCAACCCCAAUAGAGGGAAACAGCAAAAUGUCGAACGGCCAGAAAAAUAAAAACCCAAACAAACCAUUAAACUGCUUUAUGCAGGGGAGCAAACCCCCCCCCCGUUACUUAAAUAUACCAACUCUGAGACCGCACUACAUUGCAGUAAACGGAAAUCUCCCCUUAGGGAGAUUUCAGUUUACGUGUUCGACCUUCUGCCAUUUGGCUCAGUUCGGGUCGAUCAUUACAUGUUCGAAAAUCUCAAUUUUUGAUCACGUAAUAUAGACCCAAAAACCUUUAUAUUACUAGUUUUGCAGAUGCAUUAUGUUUUUUACUUAGUGCUGCCUGUUGUUCAGUAGUAUGGUUUUCCAGUUAUAGAAACACAGUCACAUGUGGAUAGCAGUCAGUGGUAUUUCAUCUAUACCAGCUGUCAGUUACACAUACGUCUGCCAAUAAUUCACUUAGUUUUGAAGAUCCACUCACCGGAAAGAACACAUGCAUAAUGAAGUAGUACUGGUCCAAGCCGUUUUCAAAACUUUGGCAAAUGAGUCCCUAUGGUCCCCAUCAUAGUGCAUUUAUGGUAUGAUACCUGAUGAGACACUUGAAAAUGUUUUAUUGCACAUCGAGGAUAAGAAGUUCAACAGUGAAAGCUCAAAAAAUAUCCAUCUUUGACUGUUGUGCAGCAUUAAAAUUCCAUUAACUAAAAAGGGGAAGUGAAAUUGUAUUAUUUACUUGCAAAAGACGAGAAAGUUGUAAUGGCAAAUAGAUGGCUCAGUUUCACAUUUUAUGAUGGGCAGUUGUAUUAUGGCAUACAGAGAGAUGGCUUAGUUUCACAUUUUAUGAUGACUAAUUGUAUAUAUUUCUUGUCGGUUUUCCUAAUAAGUACUUUUUCAGCUUUAAAUAUUUUAAUCUACAGUUACCUUUUUUUUUGUAACCAGUAAAUGCUGUCUUUUUUCUAAAAGAAACUAUUUUGCUCAAAUAUGUGCAACCACAUAUGUAUAGAGUAUCAUUUGGGAAUACCUAAUUACACAUUAAUCUUUGUGCGCAAUGUGGAGUUAUUAACUUAUGCAAUUUCUUUAAAGGGAGUGGGUGAAAUUGCACUGAACAUGCGCUAGUUCUUUGAACCAUAACUUAUCAAUGAUUGCUUAUGACACUUAAUAUGCACUGUCAGGACAUGACAGAGAAGCAAGUGUGACUUAACUUUGGUUACUGUACCUGUUCUAGCAGAUGUGUCAUGUAUGGUUAGUUUAAUUUACUCUUUUGUGGGCACAAUACGCUUGCCUACUGCAUGUAUUUGUGAGUAAGUUCAGAAUCCUGCUUCGACCAGAACUUAAGGUUCUGAUGUCCCAUAUCUUAAGAUAUCUUAGGAAGCUGUGGAUAGUAUGCUCAGCCACAACAUUGUAGCAACUCACAAAGUCAGGUUCUGUGCCUGCAUUUGCCAAGCUGAUAUUCACAGCAUAAUUCUUAAUUACUUUGCCUGUGGAAACAUUCUUUCCAUAUCACAGAACAGUGAGACUGCAUGCACUGUGUUGCUUUGUAUAUUUAUUUUGUUCAAAAUGAUUUGUUUUUCUCAGUGCAGUUUAAUGUAAUUCCAGAUAAUUAACUAUGCCCAUCUAGUGAUGUUGUAGUAUUCAUUCAGCUGUGAAUUUCUGUAAUUGACCCUUCUGGUGGACAGAUCAGUCGGUGUCAAACUCGUCCUUUAAAAUGGUGUAUGUACUGUACAUGGUCAUGAAUGCUUUUUAUUUACAAAUUAUUUUAUAUUUAACAUGUAUUGCUUUCUUGGAGUGUGAGUAACUCAGGCAAACAACUUAAGUGGCUGGAGUCUACUUUUACCUUGUGAUUUAAAGAACAUUUAUUAUAAACAUGUCUUGCUCAUUGCAUGGAUGCACAUUUUAUGGAUGGAAUUAAAAAAAAACUUUUAUAUUCUUUGUUCGGUUUUGAAGAUACAAGUAUUUAUUUAUUUAAUUGAUUUUCCUACUGACAACACCAUAUUAUCUAAUGUUUGUUUAUUAUUGUGCAGUUUAUUAAAACAAUUUGCAGUUUUAAUAAAAUAUAAUUCUUACUGAUCUUAUGUCUUUACUAGGCCUUGUCUGGUUGUGUCAAAAAGAAAUAGGUUAUUUUGGGAAUAAAAAGAAAACAAUGUGCUUACUUCACCAGACCGCAAAAUGGUCACCUAACAGAUGUCCUGUAUUUCUGUGAUAGUUCUUAUUAAUCAUUCAUAUUCGUAGACUAAGUAUUUUAGACUUACAAAAACGUGCUAACAUGGGCUUUGAAAGUGAUUAUAUUGUAACAUUAAUACAUCUGUGAUGACCAUAUAUAACUUCUAUGCCCUUUUGCUAUGUGUGAGCCGUUGUAUUCUCAACUCCUGUGUUUUUAAAUGUAUUCUUUGGUAUUUGCUUUUAUGUGUGAGCUACACUUACACUGAGGAAGGAGGCCUUCAUCUUAGAUGCUGGGUGAUGCUAAAUAUGAAUAGGAAGAAUGCCCUUCCCUUUCUCCUAUCUCUUGGAGAGUGGUAUUAGAGAUGAUGGAGUAUUGCUCCUGAUGUUUGGGAGGGUAAGUUUCCUAGUGAGGGCAGAUCCAGAUCUAGUAGACAUUUUGCUUAAUAAAUCCAUAAUUAAUAAAUAAGUGAGAAGAUUUGCUCUUAAGUACGCUGCACUACCCUAGACUGAUUUGUGAUUUCCUUUUGUACUUUGAAGGAAAAUGUGCUGUUUAGACACUGGAAACUUGCAGUUUAAACUUCCUAGACAUGUCUUGGUAUCACCUGAAUGGCUGGUCAUCAUGUUGUAAGGUUACAAAAGUGGAUUUGCUUUGAAGCCCAGCAAGAGCAUAAUAUUUUCUAAUACUUUUCUUCCAAUGCCAUACAGUUUACUGUGGGGUGAAUCUAAUGAGUCUUGACAGAUACAUUUCAUAUAUGAAACGAACUUGGAGUCAGAAAAAUAAUUAGUUAAAAGUAUGCUUUAUGUUGUUGAACAUUUCUUUGAAAUAAAAAGGCAUCUGGAAACCUGCA